UAAAUCUCUCUAAGUCUGCUCAGUGUUUGAGGAGGUGGACAAUCUAUCAAUCUAUCUAUCUGACAGCGUGGAUACAAAAGCUCUGAGGUUUCUUUCAUUCUUUGUUGAGAGGGAGUGAAGCAAUGAGAAACCCAGACUAGACCAAAUUUUUUCAUACUUGAUGAAUCUUUCACUCAUAAGCGGAUAUUUUGUGGAUGGAAAGGUUGGUUUUCUUGCUCCCUGAUGCCUGCUUUGAAGCAAAGAUAUCAUCACAACCUUCACAUCAAUUAGUAUCACAUAUACUGAAGUGAAGAGAAGUUUUUUGGUCUUUCUGGCUGAAUUGUGGAUGGAUAUCAUGAGGAACUCUCUGUCUCUAAAGCUGUUUCUGGUAGUAUUUUCCUUGGUCAGCCCUGCAUCUGCCACUUCAGGGUCUGAGUAUGACUUUGGAGCCCACCCACGUUUCGUGUGCACCCCGAUUCCUGCAGAUGCAGACCCUCCCUGCUUCCCUACAGCAAGUCCAAGCAUCGGAUCAGCAGGGCCCAGUGGACCAAGCCAUCACAACUCCCCUCCUAGCAGCUGGUGGGGGGUCAAUGAUGAGGCUAAAGCCACCAUCCUCCAUCUCAGGGAGAGCCUUGUCCAACAGAAAGAGAUCAUCCUGGACCAGAGGGAAACCAUUAGAGAGCUGACAGCCAAACUCACCCUGUGUGAGGGCUUCGGGCGAGGCGUGUCACCUCACGAUGAGCGCCAUGGCACGGCUUCACGCUCACAUCACCCAGGCACGACCAGUCAUCACACAUACACUGACAAUGGGCACUAUAGCAACCAGCAUGGUCACCAUGGAAACAGCAACCUCAUUCCGGACUCACCGCACUAUCCUUCUCAACGAUCUGGUGGAGGGCACAGCAGCAAUAACCAGGGGAAAGACAAGCAUGAGACACCAGGGGACAGCACGUCAUCCAUGGAACAGAUGGAGAGGAUGCUGCAGGCACUGAAGGAGAGACUGGACAACCUACAGCAGAAGAGGAACACAUCCUCCACGUACUCCAGCUCUCUGAAGGAACUUCUGCAGAGGAAGAUCAACACUCUGGAGGAGCAGCUGCACCAUCACACCGCUACCCUUAGCCCAGACCACCACGAUGAUGACUCCAGUCACAGAGAUGAAGGAGGUCAUCAUGAAAGCAACCAUUACAAUGAUGACCACAAACACGACCACAGUGAUGAGCAUCACAAUGAUCACAAUGACAGUGGCAACCACACAGACCAUCACGACGACAGUCACAGUGAUGACCAUCAGGAUGCAGAUGGUGAACAUGACAGUGGCCAUCAUGAUGAUGGAGACAGUGAUGGUGAUCACCACAGUAAUGAAGCAGACAGUCACAGUUACCUUCCACACACAGGAUACAGAGCACCAGGACCUCAGACUGGUUUCCCAAAAAAUAAACUGGAAACAAUGCUUAAUCAGCUGCAUCUCACAGGUUCCAGCAGGAAGAAAUCCAAGGGCCUCGAUGCCUUCCAGAUCAGCUUCCCCAUGAGGACUAACUACAUGUACGGCAGGAUGAAGAGGACUCUGCUGCAGGAGAUCUUUGCACUGACUUUGUGUCUUUGGAUGAAGGCAGGUGUGGGCCCUGGACUGGGAACACCAUUUUCUUACUCUGCACCAGGACAAGCCAAUGAACUGGUGCUCAUUGAAUGGGGGAACAACCCCAUAGAGCUGCUGAUCGAUGACAAGGCGGUGACCCUGCCCUUGUCUCUGACUGAUGGGAAGUGGCAUCAUGUGUGUGUGACGUGGACAACGAGGGAUGGACAUUGGGAAGCCUACCAGGAUGGAGUACAACGGGGAUCUGGGACGAACCUUUCUCCCUGGCAUGCCAUCAAACCUGGAGGGGUGUUCAUCCUGGGCCAGGAGCAGGAUACUCUGGGAGGCCGUUUUGAUGCCACUCAGUCAUAUGUGGGUGAGAUGUCAGACGUGCACAUGUGGUCACAUGUCCUGAGCGCCAGUGACAUCUACAGCCUGGCCUCCUGUGGCAGUCACCUCCGAGGAGAUGUCAUCGCCUGGUCUGAGACAGAGAUGGAGCUUCACGGAGGCGUCGCCAGAUACCCAUUUGAUCCCUGUCACUGAAGGUUCUCACACUGAAGAAGACCUUAAAGAUAUCUAGACACUAAAGAAGCACCAAAAUGAAAGUAAAAUCCUUUAACUUCCAAACAUCAGAGUGUAUGCCUUCUUUUAAACUGACUUUUCUAGAUAACUAAAAGAAGAAAAAAUGAUAGUGUGAAGCAUCUGUGUUUACAGAUGAUGUAUAGGGUCUUAGUGAUGGUCUUGAGCCUUAGUCACUGACCAUUACCUAUUGUAACCAUGAGUUUGUGUUUUAUUUUAAACAGACAGGUGCUGAGUGUGACAUAUUGUCAUAUUGUUAAUAAGACGUUAUAUUGCUGGGUCUGUGCUGAUGUCUGCAGGCCUUACACGGGUUCAGCUGUGGUGAAGUAACAGUAGAUUGUUAGUUUGAAUGAAAUUUAACGUUUUCUACUCAGGAUUCUCUUUAUAAAGGUUUCCAUGAAACAUACGGCUAAUUUACCAAAGAAACUGUAGGGUUACAUUAUAUCUGUGUUGCGCUUUUGUAAUUUUAUUAAUCUGUAUAUUAUAUAGAUGUUUAAGAAUAUUUUUAGGAAUACUGAAAAUCCUGUCAGACAGAAUUUAGCUUGCAGCCUCUGCUGGUUUAUUACAUGAAUAUAACAUGGACUCUUGCCUCAGGUUCUGACUAGCAUUUUGUGUAACAAAGCCAUUGUAUUGUGGCUUUUGAAUUUGUGAAUCUGGCCUUGAUUGUAUAUUUAUUAUUGCACAAUAUUGUAAGAAUUUUUUUUAGAAAGGUUCAACCUUUUUUUGCCACAUUUGCUUAAAAUGUCACUAUAUUCCAAAAGAAGUACAUUAGACAGUAGGAAUAAAAACACAUCAAUGUCUUGUUUCCAUGUACCUUUUAUUGUUACACAGUAGUUUACUGGCACCAAUGUAUGGUAGUUUUCCUUUUGCUACAUGAACAGAUGAUGUAUCGA